CCUCUUCUUACAUUGGAUUUUUUUUCAUGAGAUUCUUGGAACAGAAGCAUUGGUCUCAUGAUCACGAUGAAGAGCCAGCUGAGAUGCAAGCAAAUAUGGAGUCUGAAGCCUGUCCAGUCUGGACUUCCAUGGAGUUCUCCGAGAGGAAGAGGAGCAGGAAAUCCCAGAGCUUCAAACUGGUGAGCCGAGAUUAUCACCAUGAGGUGUAUAAGAUCUCAGAAUUCAGCAACGAUGUUAAUGGGGAGGCCAAAGAGACACAACCCAUUCAUUUAGGAGAUGAAAGCAUGGAAAUUAAAAAACAAAUCACAGGAAUGAGAAGAUUACUGAAUGACAGCACUGGGAGGAUCUAUCAGCGUGUGGGCAAAGAAGGAGAAAAAUUAAAAGAAGAACCCCAGGAUUUGGAUUCCGUCUGGCCUCCGCGUUUGAACUCCUCUGCUGAGGCCCCACAGAGCCUCCAGCCUUCUUCACGUGCUGCGUGGAAUGAGUUACCACCUCCCAGCGGGCAGUUCUCAGGGCAGUAUGGCACCCGCUCUAGAACCUUCCAGAGUCAGCCCCACACCACUGGGAGCUCCAAUGGAGAACUCCCAACCGUGAAUUCGUCGGCGGGAUCGAACUGCUGUACGUGCAACUGCCAGUCGACGCUGCAGGCCAUCCUCCAAGAACUCAGGACCAUGCGGAAAUUAAUGCAAAUUCAAGCAGUUGGAACCCAAAGCAGACAACCACCCCCGAUUUCCCUUAUAUGCUCCCAGCGAACUGCUGUCUCGCGCAAGAGAAAUAAAAAGAAAAAAGUGCCCCCAAAGACCGUUGAACCUCUGACUGUGAGGCAGAAGCCUGGUGUGUUAGAAACGGAGAAGAAGACGGCCGGGGCCUCAGAGCAGCCUGGCCCCCAGGCAGCCGAGCCCCCCUCGGCUGGGGAGAACCACAUGCUGGGAUUCGGCAUUGUCCUCGAGUCGCCUGCCUCAGAUCCAGAAGUGCAACUUGCUGAAGGCUUUGAUGUGUUCAUGCCUAAGUCGCAGCUGGACUCUAUAUUGUCGAACUACACUCGCUCAGGAAGCCUUCUGUUUAGAAAGCUGGUGUGUGCAUUUUUUGAUGACAAGACUUUGGCUAACUCCUUACCCAAUGGGAAGCGGAAAAGAGGACUCAAUGACAACCGGAAAGGACUAGACCAAAAUAUUGUGGGUGCAAUAAAAGUCUUCACAGAAAAAUACUGCACUGCUCACCACGUGGAUAAACUUCCUGGCCCGCGAGACUGGGUACAGAUCCUGCAGGAUCAAAUCAAACUGGCCAGAAGAAGGUUAAAAAGAGGCUCAGCAGAGGUAGCUGACGGUGAUGAAAGACUGGACAGCAUUUCCCUACCACCAACAGGGCAAGUUGUGACAGCAAACACUGGAAGCACCCUGACAAUCCAAGGAGUGCAAAAUAGUUUGAAAAGUCCUCCUGCAGAGCUUUGGAAAGGGAAGAACAUGGCAAGAAAUGUGGAAAGGCCAGGCAUUCGGGAAGAUUCAGAGAAAGCCCUGAGUUUGGAACCUACUGGAGAGCUGAAGAACAUGAGGUACGGAAGGGUAGUGACUCGACGAGCAUUAUAACGCGGCCCCACAGCCAAAAUUGCUAACCAUCCAUUGUGACAUCGAAAAACCUGCCUCUCCCUUCAGGCUGUACAUCUGAAGAACAGUUUCAAUAAACCACCGUGUGUCAUCUACAUAUU